AUGCUUCAAGAUGGCAUUGCAAAGAGCACAGCAACACUUUCUAUGAUGUCAAAGAAACUCAGAAGAAUUUGUGUAAAAAGCCUGGAAAAGCACAGAAAGAAAAAGAGGCGAAAAGUUGGUGGAAUUAAUGUCGUUGUUCACACUGAUGAGAGCAAGUUCUGCCAUAAAUGCAAGUAUGCAAGAGGACGCUUUGAUGAGGAGCCACAGGCCAUGAUGUUAGACUCCAGCACUGAUUCAAGCUCUGAUGACUCCAGCUCCAGCUCUACCUCUGACUCUUCGGUUGAGGACAAGAAGAAAAAGAAGCAUAAAAGAAGAAUGCAAGACACAACAACAACAAUGAACAACAUCAUCAACCUCAUCUGGACUCUCACACUGUUUGCCCAAGAGUGUAGAGGACAGUACACUGUAACUCAGAGUCCAUCAAUAACAGCAGCUCAACCAGGACAAGAAGUCAGAAUAAACUGUAAAACCAGCAGUAAUGUGUAUGGUGAUAAUCAGUUACACUGGUAUUUACAGAAACCUGGAGAAGCUCCUAAACUCCUCAUAUAUGCUGCAACAAGCCGUUACACUGGAACUCCAUCUAGAUUCAGUGGCAGUGGAUCUAACAGUGAUUUCACUCUGACCAUCAGUGGAGUCCAGACUGAAGAUACAGGAGAUUAUUACUGUCAGAGUUUACACUAUCCAAACAGUAAAUAUGUGUUCACACAGUGAUAAAGAGUCGUACAAAAACCUCCGUCAGUCAGAGUCACAGUGACUGCACUGAUACAGCUGAGAGAUACUGCAGCUGCUGAUGGGAGGAUGACAAACAACACAAUGACAAUGUUUAGCAAAGUUUAAAUAAUAAUAAAUGUGUUAAUUUAUUUAUUAAUAGAUUAAAUAGAUUCAC